AUGGCGAAAUACUACACAGAUAAAUCCGCCACUGCGAACAUGGUCAAAGAGCCAUUCCCAACUCCGGAAGGAUAUACGUACACCAUUCUUCGACCAGCGACAUGCUUGUCAAACUUCCUCCCACCAGGCCAAACAGCCAUGUACCCAACCCUCGCGGCGCAGGAACCCUUAAUCCCAACAGCUCACAAACCAUCAUUGCAACUAUCAUAUCUCGACCCCGCCGAUAUAGACUGCCUCGUUGCACGCAGUAUCUCCAACCCAACUGACUUCGCCAAUAAAACUGUCCCCUUCGCAAGCAUCAACAUGACAAUGUUCGACAUCGCGGCCGCAUAUGGCUCCGCAAGGAUCACUGCAUCGCGGUGA